ACCAUUCCAAACCCUCCGCGCGCCUAAGGGACCACUUGAGAAAUUACUUUCAAAUGGCCAACGGGAAGUAUGCCGUGGCUAUGUUAUUUCUCACCACCAUUGUGGCCGUGGCGGCCAUAAGGCCAGCCGAGACCUAUGGCGUUGCGGAGGAGAACACAUUGAAGAUGGCUCCCCCCAACAGAAAAGGAGUUGACUCUACCUUGGUAGCUACACAUGUUGUUGCCGCCGAGAAGCCCAUCAAGAAGGCCGAAACCGCCACCAUACCUGAAGAGGCCGCGGCUUCCAAGCAAGAUGGAGCAAAAUCUACUUCUGUUGCAUCAAAGUACAAUGCCAUAUCUCAGCAGGAAACUAGUAAAGGUUCUUCUACCUCCCCUGGCAGGAAAGAAGCCGCCGCUACUUUAGCCGCUACGCACUAUGCUGCCGCCGAGAAGUCCAUCAAGAAGGCCAAAACUGCCACGACACCUGAAGAGGCCGCGGCUGCCAAGCGAGAUGCAGCAAAGUCUGUUGCUGAUGCACUAAAGUUUGGUGCCAUCUCUCGGCAAGCAGCUGGCACAAGUUCUUCAACCUCUCCCAACAGCAAAGAAGCCACCAAUGACUUAGCAGCCAUGCACAUUGCUGCUGCCAAGAUGUUCACCAAGAAGGCUGAAACUGCUACCACACGUGAAGAGGCCGCGGCUGCCAAGCGAGCUGCAGCCAAGUCUACUGCUGCUGCAUCCAAGUAUGGUGUCAUUUCUCAGCAAGCAGCUCGUACAAGUUCUUCUACCUCCCCCAACAGGGAAGAAGUUGCCACUACCUUAGCGGGUGUGCACAUUGACGAUGCCGAGAAGUCCAUCAAGAAGGCUGAAACUGCCACCACAUCUAAAGAGGCCAUGACUGCCAAGAAAGAGGCAGCAAAGUCUACAGCUGCCGCAUCAAAAUAUGAUGUAAUCUCUCAGCAGAAAGCUAGUAUAAGUUCUUCUACCUCCCCUAGCACGAAAGCAGGUGUGCACAUUGCCGCUGCCGAGAAGUCCAUCAAGAAGGCUGAAACCGCCACCAUGCCUGAAGAGGCAGCAUCCGCUAAGAAAGAUGUUGCGAAACCUGUGGCCGAUGCAAUGAAGUACGGAGCCAUGUCUCAACAGGCUGCCAGCAAAAAUGGUGCUUGAGUGAUUCCUUAUACACGUAUUCAUGGGCAACAUCAUCUGCAUACUACCAUGCAUGCAAAAUAGCAUUGGAUAUCCCAUUAUGCUAAUUCUCAUGCAUGCACGCUUUGUUUAAAUGUUUCCAUUGCGAAUCAUGUUGUAAUGUCUUGCUUGUUUUACUUCUAGUGGUAAGACACGUCUGACUUGUUAAAAACAAUACAAUGAUCGAUGUAUACAUGUAUUAUGUGAAAAUUAAUAAUAUGAGUUCCACCGUAAUUUGUGUUUU